AUGUUUCUCAGAUCUUUGUUGGCUCUUCUCAACUUCACUACCGCUUUGGCUUUGACGGUACCUCCUUCAGAUCAGCUGAUCAGACGCGAAACAUUAGCUGAAGCUGCCCAUAAUGCUAGAAUAAUAGUGAAGGACGUCAAGACCGGUACCAUGGCAAGUGUGUUUCCUGAGGAAUCGGAUCUUGCAGGGAGACCAUUCGCUAUGAUGGAGUAUCAUGCGCCAUGUUAUUCUAACGGAUCAUUGACAAUUAUCUUAAUGCCGAUAUCCCGAUCUACUCAGAACAUAUUCAACGAUCCAGGACAUCACGUAGCUUAUACAGUCAGUAUGCCCACUGAGGGUAUCAGAUCUCCCAUGAGUAGAGGCAGAGUAGCUUUGAUGGGGAAUGUUACUACCCUCAGAGAUAUAUCGAAAGAUGAAUCUCGCGAAUUAUCAAAAUGCUAUACGUCAUAUCAUCCAGAUUCAAAAUACUGGUUACCUGGUAACGAAGAUUCACCACAUGUGAGUAUAUGGGCUAGAUUAGAUAUCGAUAAUAUCUAUUAUGUUGGUGGAUUUGGAGAUGUGCAUUACAUUGGACCUAUCCCAGUUGAUUUAUAUGCUAAAUCGGACAAAUCAGUCAUUAACGACUACUACUUUGACAAGCAGACGGCCUGGGAAGACGAUUUAAGCCAAGUUGUAUUUUAG